AUAAAACAAAACAUAAAAACGUCAUCGGCUGUACAUAUCCAAUUUUUUGUGCCGAUGGGCUUGUAUAACCAUUCCUGGCUUCCCGAGUCGUCAUGGACGAAUUCUCCGACGACGACUUCGAUACCUUGAAUGCAAAUGCAUUGCAGGAGCUCGAAAAUGGUGCCAUUCAAUUCACCCAAGCACAAAAGAAAUACCCAUCCACUCAAUCCCAACAUCAAGUGGUAGACGAUUUCGAAGACGAUGACCUUGACGAUGCUGUCGUCCAAGAUGAGCUGCACGGAAAUUCCGUCCUACUAUCGGAGAAGACGACCCAAUUGCCAUCUAGAGUAGUUCCUCAGCAACAGCAACAGCAACAGCAACAGCAACAGACAUGGGGAGGUCCAGCGCCUAUUCCUCCUGGCCGUUUUCGUCCUCAGCCUAUUACUUCUUCUUCUCGUCCGCCAAUGCCACCGCCUACUAGCUCUCGUCAACCGCAUCAACAGAUACCUCGUGCUCCGGCCCCAUCAUACAGCCAGAUUCGCCCUCCGCCUCCACUACCCCGACCAUCUCCAUCUAUCCCUCCGCGAUAUCAAGCUUCCCAAGCACAAAGGCCAGCCGGUCCAUCGAACCAAGAAAUUGCUGCGUUGCAAGCCCAGAUAUUAGAUCUAAAAACGAGACUCACCACCAAAGAUGGGGAGAUAGGGAUCGUCCGAAAACGAUUGGAAAAGACGCGCGAGGAACACGAUCGCGAACUCCAAGCAAUAAAGAAACAGGCGGCCGAGCAAGUAGCCAAGCAGGAAAGGGCUCUCGAAGCCGCAAAAGUUGCUCAACAGGCUGCUACUACAGAGCUCCAGUUCACGAAGAGAGACCUCAAGGAUGAGCUGGAUCGAGCUAAGCGUAAGGAUGUUCCUACGACACCCAAGAAGAAUGCUGCUGCAAAGUCGUGGGGGAUAUCAGACGGAUUUGAGGAUGUUGAAAUUGCGACUAGUCCGAGCAAAGGUCAACGUGGUAGAAAUACCGGCGCGGUAGCUAGCGCUGUGGUCGAGCCGCCGGCGAGGUUGACGAGAACGCCGACUAAAGGAAAGAGGAAACGUCCAACUAUUGAUAGUCCCGUGACAGCACUGGAGACUCAUUCGGAGGAUGUUGUGAUGUUAGAUGAUACUAGCGCAAAUGAUAACAGUAGCCCUCAGCCGGUGAACGUCAUACCCAGAGUUGCUGCCUUUGACUAUAUGAAGGUGAUACUCAACCAUAGUUCCUCUCAUGGACGUCCACUAGCUUUCGAGUAUCUGGCUGGUUUCGCGCUUCCCUCGAGACCCACAGAGAGUCUUGCUUCGAUACUCUUCCAGAAACUGGCGGUUAUUGGUGAUCCCCACGAUCCCAUGCGCCUACCAAUAGAAUUUUGCGAGGAGCUUAUUCGGCUCUGGCGUAGCUGCUUGGACGAAAAUUGCCUGGCUCCUAUAAUGGAUUUAGUUUCCUUGAUAUCUCUGACCGUCCAGUUGUAUACUAUCGCCGUCGCACCAUACAUUGCCCCUUCUCUGUUACCGGUCGCUAUGGACUCCUGCUUCGAGGUAGCAAUUCCUAGAUUUUACCAUGAGGGACCUGGUGACCCGCCAAAGGAUACUUGGAAGAACUUCAACGCAAAUAUCUCGACUACGGAGAUUCUCUCGCUGUUAUAUCUAACAGCUUUAGGCUGCGCGGCUUCGCCCCCCGUUGGAGGUGUUACGGACCCUGCAAUCGAUUUUUGGGGCCAGGUUCAGGUAGAGUUUGUCCUUUUACACCUUAGUCAAAAACAUCCGGUAGAGGACUAUCUGGUAAUAUUAAGAUGGCUCUGUACAUCUGUCUUCCCCGAAAGCAUCGGACCAAUCUGUCCUGAUCGGACAGUAGAAGUGGUGGCUGGCGCGUUGAUCGAGCGCAUUUCACAUCAGCUUGUCGAGAAGCCACUUUGGGAUAUCGAUCAGUACAAGCUACGCAGUGUUCGAAACGGGGUACUGCGUACAUUAGCCGCUUUUGCUAGAUCAUCGUUUGGUCUUGCACAGCUUGCCAUUAAUAACUACGCCAUCCCACGCUUAGUCACCUUACUCUCUUCGUGCAUAGACGAGUUAUACGAUGGAGAUAUGCGGUACGAGUCUUCCGAGGACGACGAUUCACAAAAAGAGUUGCAGACAUUGGUGGCACGUUCGGUUCUGCUCUUACAUACAAUCAUCACAAACCCUUUGACUGCGGACUUGGUGGACGUCCCUUCAAAACUAGCGAAACCGACAGGAGCGUCGCAAAAGUAUUUGCUGAGCCUAGGUAGGCUUAAUUUUUCGGAGGAUUUGGUAUCAGAGGAAACGGCGGAACUGGCACAUGAGUUAUUGGAAUUGGCAGUAACCCCUGAAGAGGGUGAGGAGUUGGGUCGGUUCUUUGGGGGGUGAAUUUUUCUUGUCUGGUUAAGCAUCUGAAGAUACCUUAGAUACCAGGCCCGGCGGAAAUUUACACGAGGAUCAUGACAUGAUAAUGCAU